AUGAAUUUCUUAAAUGAGAUAGAUUGUUCAACCAUUCCAUUGAUGUCUGAAGAAAAUUUAAAGGAAUUUAUUCCGAAAUAUGGCGAUCGUAUAGCUGUUAGAAAUUUCGCAAAUAAAAAAAAUACCUCUGGAAAACAAAGUCUGAUUGAAAAACUGAGAGAAAAAAUUAAUAAGAGAAAUAGUACUGGAGAAAGUGCUGGAGCUUCUAAAAAGAAAAGUAGCACAGUUAAACAAACUCGAUUUAUAGAAAUCGGCUGGUAUUAUAUGGACAAGCAUGUAGAACGAUAUCGACAAGUGAAAAAAAAUCAUGGUGGGGGUACCCGAAGAGUUUCCAUGGAGAAAGGUAGCAAGAGUAGAGAUAUAUUGGAAGUUGGAAAAAAAUUAUUUUUUCCCAAUGGAAUAUCUACUAAAGGCCCUCUGGACAUAUUUGAAAUUGAAUUGCUAGAUUACAAAUGCCACAAAUUUGACAGUAACUUAACCAUUCAAGAGAUGUAUGAAUUAUCUGCUUUAACAACUUUAAGAUUUUAUGUAGCCACAACACGAAAAUAUGAUGAAAAUAAUGAUAAUGAUGAUCAUGAUGAUCAUUACAUUCCUGCUACUGUAACUCGGAGUGUAUCUGAGAAUGAUAUAAAUUCUGAAACAGUAUCUCCUAUCAGACUUUCAGAGGGAGUUAGUAAUCCUGGAGUGCUUCAAAAUUAUGUAACCAACUAUACGCCGGAAGAAUAUAUUUUAGGACCAGACUUUUCUAUUGGUACUGAAGAAGUAAUAGGACCUAGUGAUUAUGACUUAUACAGUUUGAAUGAAAACACUAUCUACAAUAUAUCUGACUUGUCUGACUUAUCGACACCACAACCAAAUCAAAAUACUGAAAACCUAGUGUUACAUAGAGGCAAUGUAUUCAAGGAAAUAUUGGACGCUGUAAAAACAAGAAACGUACAUCUUAAAAACAUCCGCAUCGAAAUGAUACUACCAAAUGGAACUUCGGAACAAGCAGAAGAUAUGGGCGGUGUUUUAAGAGAUACCAUUUCUGAAUUUUUUACAACUUUCUAUGAAAUUUGCACAAUGGGUGCAGCCUUCAAGGUACCUUGUUUAAGACACGACCUUCAAAAAGAGGAAUGGAGCGCAGUAGGUAAAAUUAUCUUAGAGAGUUACGAAACUGAAAAAUAUUUUCCCAUUAAAAUCGCUCCUACUUUCAUCAAAGAUUGUAUGGGCCACAACAUGGAAGAUGAUGAAGUUUUAAAAAACUUUUUAAAAUAUGUUUCUCCCUCAGAUUCACAUUUGUUAAAAAAUGCGAUUGAACAUUUUGAAGAAGAAGAUAUUGAAGAAAUAAUGGAAUUUUGCAAUUCAUAUGAUGCAAAAGUGUUACCUAAUAAAAAUAAUUUUAAAAAAAUGUUACAACAAAUUGCGAGAGAAGAGUUAAUUCAAAAACCUUCUUUUGUAAAGGAAUGUUUUGCCCCAUUUUUAAAGAUGCUAGAAGGCAAACUGGAUUUACAUAAAAUAUAUUCCAAAUUAGACCCAACAGAUAAGAAUAUCAUCAACCUACUUGAGAUCGAACCCAAUUUGUCGGCUGAUAAAAAAAUUAUAAUUGGGUACUUAAAAAAAUUUAUUAAAGAAUCCGAUUUAAAAACGAGAGAAUCGUUUCUCAGGUUUUGUACAGGCUCUGACCUUGCAAACCAGAAUAUUAAAAUAGAUUUCAUUGAAUCUGACGGAUUUGCAAGAGUACCUGUAGCACAUACUUGUUCGAAACUCUUGCAACUUCCUCUUAGUUAUGAAAAUUUUAUGACUUUUAGGACGGAAUUUAAUAAUAUACUUACAUCCAAUAUAUGGAUCAUGGAUAUUGUAUAG